AUGGCUGAAAUGAACGUCGUGCCUUACAUUGACGUUAUGCUGGUGCUGCUGGUCAUUUUCAUGGUCACGGCUCCCAUCAUGCAAACCGGGGUAAAAGUCGAUGCCCCUGACGCACAGGCUGACCCACUGGAUGCCAACAACCAACAAGAACCGCUCACCAUUUCGGUGGAUGCGGCUGGCAAACUGUUUCUGGCUGAUGGCUCAGAAAUGCCAUCAGCCGAUAUCACUGCCUACGUCACCAGCCAAUUGGAUGCCAAAGCUGAGCGCCCCGUCUACGUCAAAGCAGACAGCACGGUAGAAUACCGCCACCUGAUGAAUGCGAUGGUCGCCGUACAAAAAGCAGGUGCGAAAAAAAUUGGCCUGAUGGCAGACCCCGCACCACCAGACCAACCGUAG